GCUUCUCGCCACUUCUGAUUGGCUCUCUCGGCUUUCUCUGUUACCUGUCUGUGUGGGCGUGGCAUCUUUCCAGCGCACCUUUCCUUUCCUUAAGCGCACCUUUUCCUCCCUCCCUCCUCGCGCGUGAAGGGUGAGUCCGGCGGGGUGGGAGCCCCGCGUGUCCAGCCAUGGAUUCCGUCUCGAGCUGGAGCUGCGCGCGAGUGAGCACCUGGCUCAGAGGUUUGGAUUCGUCCCUUCAUCAGUACACGUUUGAGAAGUGGAAGCUGCGUGGAACAGACCUGCUACAGUUGACGUCUCAGCAGCUGGACAAGCUUGGAGUGCAGAAGAUUGGCCAUCAGGAGCUGAUCCUGGAGGCGGUGGAGAAGCUCUGCAGUCUGACGUACAGUGUGUGUGGGGAGACUCUGCGCAGUGUAACAGAGAAGUUGAGAGCAGUGGCUCACUCUCUGCAGAUGAAUGUUCAGAGCCGCUGGCGGAUAAACACGUAUGACGGACAGAGCACCACCCAGCUGCCCACUGCGGUACUGCAGGCGGUGGUGGAGAUCAUCACUGCGGCGAAGGCCCUGUUCUACAUGCUACAGAGGUAUCAGUGUACACAGUUUACGGGACACAGUUCCAGCAAGAACGUCAAUGCUCUGUGUAUGGAUCUAGGUUCCACUGUCCAUAAGGACGUCACAGUGUUUGAAAAGGAGAAGGACAUCAUAUCUAUCUCUCGCCAGUUGGUGGGAAUCUGUGAUGAAAUUCUCAGCAGUGUUCCAGAGGCUGUUCUUACCCACAGUGCUCAGCUGCACAGUGUAGACCUGGUGCCCAUCUCACCUGGAGACCAACUGGGUAUUGAGAUCACCUCCUCUGCAUCCAACCAUCACUACAUCUCCGGAACAGCCGCUGAGUCUCCAGCAGAGUUCUCGGAGAAGAUCUUGGCGGGAGACGAGGUCAUUCAGGUCAACGACCAGAUUGUGGUGGGCUGGAGCAGGAAGAACCUGGUGGAGAAGCUUCAGGAGAACCCUAAGGGGGUGUUUUUACUGCUGAGACGCGCUCCGGUGUCUUUCAUACGGAAAGAGAAAACCGAAUCUGUAUCCGUCGCUCCAUCGCACAGCAAACAAGCAGAAUCUGUCUCCUCAGAGAGGGAAGAAGAAGAGGAGGAGGAGGACGAGACGAACAGGGGCUCCGUCUUUGAGAGAGUAGCUUCAUCCAUCCGCUCUAGUGUGUCCAGGGUCUCAGUGUCGCCCCCUGAUGGGCCGCAGCCAAUAGUGCAGGACGAUUCUGAGCUGUUAAGUGAUCACAGCUUUGAUGGGACCCCCACUGCACAUGCCCACCAGCAGGGGGCAGGCUCUGAUUCAGUGUUAGAGCACAGUGUGCUCACUGUGGAGAGAAGUCCAUCCCCCCUCAGCCUGGACUCCAACCGGGCCAGGGUUGGCUCCUGCCCCGAGAUGGUGGGCAAUGUGGAGGAGAAGGAGAACAAAAAAAGCUCCACCAAAGGCACACGGACAGCGAUGAGCCGUAGGCGAGUGUCGUGCCGUGAGCUGGGCCGGCCGGACUGUGACGGAUGGCUGUGGAAGAAAAGGAAAGAGACAAGUGUGUUUGUGACUCAGAAGUGGCAGAGACUCUGGUUCGUUCUGAAGGGAGUGACGAUAUACUGGUACACCAGCCAACAGGAGGAGAAAGCGGUGGGCAUGGUGAAGAUCGGCAGCUACAGCAUAGAGAGCGCAGGAGAACACAAGAGGAAGUACGUCUUCAAAAUGUCCCAUCCCCGUUUCCAGAACUUCUUCUUCGCUGCCGACAACGUUACUGACAUGAGCAAGUGGAUCAACUGUCUGAUCACAGCCAUUCAAAAAUACAAAAAGCUGCAGCAGCACCCUCCAGACAGUGAGGCUGAGUGUUACAGUGAGACGGACUCGGAGGAGGAUGGAUCAAACUCGCCCCGAACUCUAAAGAAGAAAGUGUCUACGGCCCAGUGCAACACACUCCCUCGAACAUUGGGGAGGAAGAACAAACCAGCAGGAGGCGCUGCAGUGACCGCUUCACCAGCAGGGGGCACUAAAGCUGCAGGAGGUGACGAUGAGAUGGGUGAGCUGUUUAAUAAGCUGAAAGAGGGAGGAGUGUCUCUGAUUGGUCAGAAUCAGCCGAUCACUCAUGAUCAGCUCAGGAGGUCGUUUAUCCGCCGAAACAAAAACCCCGUCAUCAACGAGAAGAUCCACACACUCCGCGCGCUGCAGAGCACACUCAAGGCAAAGGAGGCGGAGCUUGUACUCCUUAAUAAGCUUCUGGAAGAUUCUGAGCUGACGCCGGUGAAGUUCCGUCAGUGGAAGCAGCGGAAUGAGGAGCUGCACCAAGAGAUCGAGAAGCUUGCCGCUGAAAAAAGAAAAAAACACGUAGAAACGACUGCAGAGAAGACGGCUAGCGAGGCCUGCAGUCUGAGCCUGAGCGAUGGAGAGCAGCUGGUGGACGCCGAGCUGCCUGGCAACGGAGAACCCCGGCCGGAAAACUCCGACGGACGAGCAGAAAGCAACUCCUCCGAUAAUUACUUCUACAUCUGAGCUCAUCGAACACAAGCGCUGCUGGUCACUGGGGUCACUUUAGACCUCUUAUUUAUGGAGCAAUCCCAGACUCUGACCAAUCACAGCGUUCGUUCAGAGCCUGGUUGGAACUGGUGUCGAAUGUUUCUAUUUAACACCUUGUUCUUAUGAAAAAAACUUGAUGAGUGUUGCUAAGCAACAUUAAUAAUAUUUUUAAAGUUAGCUUGCUAAGCUAGCCAGUCGGAGUGGCUCAUUUUGAAUGAGUUCCAUUUGAUUUAUUCAUAUAUACGUAUUUUUUUACUCAAGUGGAACUCCAAAGACCAGGUAACCCACCAGUCAGUGAGGUCCAUCGCUGCACUGGCCAACUUUUGUAAUGUAUUUGUACAUUUAUAUUUGAAAAUAUGCCUGAAAUUUUGCAUAUAAAUAGCACUGGACUUAUGAGGAUGAAUGUGGGAUGAGUCUUUGCCAUUGUGCUGUGCAGUGAUGGACCUUUACUCAGAUUUUAUGGCCGCGCUUUCAGUCAUACACAAAAUGAACAGACCUUUAUAAGCCAUAUUGUCUUCACUGGAGAGAAAUCCAAGUCUUCAUGUUACCAGCUUGACCUGCUUAUCUCACUCUGUCUUGAAUGUGAACCAGAGAAGUGCUUAGUGGACACGAGGCAGACUCCAAAUACAACACUGGACCUCAUACCUGAUUGGGAGAAUUGUCCUCUCUAUGCUCCCCCCACAAUGUGUUCUUUCAUACCUACUGUUGCUAUGUUGGACAAGCUCUAUAGGGCUCACAUUAAAUCUAAUGAGAAACUGUAGAAUAGACUCAGUUUAUAUCACAAUUCCUACAUUUAGAGCAAGUUAUAUGAUGUAAACUGGGUUGUGUUCUAUAGUUUCCCAUUAGGUUGAAUGAAUAACUGACUCUAAAUGUAGGUAUUGCGAUAUAAACAGUCUGUUCUACAGUUUCUCAUUAGACUGAAUGAAUAACUGACUCUAAAUGUAAGUACUAUGAUAUAAUAAAUGUAGGUAUUGUGAUAUAAAGGUUGAAUGGGAUUUUUAUCAGCGUUCUGUAAGCUUGUCCAACAUAGCAACAGUAGCUAUGAAAAAACACAUUUGAAAAAAGGAAAUAAAUAAAGGAUUCAAAUUUUGUUGGAGUCGACUACACUGGCUGUGUUUCUACUGAAAAUUCUACAGACUUUCUAAGGAGCUGGAUAUGAGUGUCUGACAUCAUCAUCUGAGCUCUUCCUGAAACAGAGUUUUUUUACUCUAUGAUGGACUGUCUAUAAUAAAUAUAUAUUUUUAAAAAAGAACAAAGUCACCCGAAAGCACCUACUGGACAUUAGUAAGGCCUUUGACAUUUUACAUGUAAUCUUUUUAAAGAAUAUUUUAGAAAUUAUAUCUAUUUGAACUUGUCAUGUUUGUACUGCAUGUUGUUAAUAUGUGCAAUGAUGGGAAAAAGGUUUAAAUAUAGAUGACGUGUCCCGAUGGACUUUUCACUGAUUAUGCAGAACAAAAGUAUGAUUUAUAGAGAAUGGAGGAACGCUGAAAUAUAGUGUAUGCUACAAAUGAAAGUGUUACCACGCUCACUUUACUGUAAAUAAAAUGCCUCUCUGAUAAUAAA